AUGAUUGAUGCGGGGCUCGCGCCGCGUGUGCGGCAGCUCAGCGCAGAGUACGACAGCGCGCGCGCAUACAUAGACUCGGCGCUCGCGCUCUUUCCGGAUGUCGGCGCAGAACUCGAGGAGUUUGCGGCGGAGGCGAGCCACGUCGCGCGUCUCGACCAGGGCACGCGUGAGCUCAUCGACCUCUUGCGCGAGGCCGAGUUCCGGCAGGAGCACCUCGAGAUGCUCCAGAACGAGAUUUCCCAGGGCAAAGACAUGGAUGAUCCCGCGCAGACGUACCACUCUGCCCUUGAAACGUACAAGGCGACCUACCAAAGCAAGACGACACGCCAGCGCUACGCACAGCACCCGGCCUAUGUCGAGUUCCGCUCGCGCGUGUGGGAAGUCAGUGGCGACGGCGCGAUGCCGCCUCUCAUCGACAUGAUCCCGGCCGAAGACGGCGACGAUACCCAGGCCCAGGACGACGACGAGGAGAUUGUCGUGGGCGGCACGCACCAGCAGUUCAAGUGCCCACUCACCGCGUCGCUCCUCGAGGACCCAGUCAAGAGCACCGUGUGUGCGCAUUUUUACUCGCGCGCGGCCAUCACCGAGUACAUCCAGCAGUCGGGCCGAAACGCCGCGUGCCCCGCCGCAUCGUGUCGCGCCCAGCUCUCGCUGCGCACGCUCGAAGACGCGCCGACUCUCAAGCGACGUGUCGAGCGUUACGCGCGCCAGGUCGCGCGGCGCGAAGAGGAGCGGCGUGGCCGGCAGUGGGGCGGUGCGGCCGUGUUGGAUUAG